CCACAUCGAUAAACAUUACUAUACGCAACAACGCCAAACCAGCACAAUCUUUUCCUUUCCUUUUGGUAAGAGAGAGAAAAUAUCUACACAUACAUACACUCAUCAUCCGGAUCAGCACAACUACCUCCACCACCACAACCACCACCGCUUCCGCCGCCUCCGUCGAGUAUUUUCCCGGCGACUCAUAAAUUUCUCCGGCGAGAUGGACCGACUCGAUAUUAUCAUCGAUAAAAAUAGUAAUAAUAACAAUAAUAAUACAAAAAAUGCAAAAAAAGGGUUGAUGCAAAUGCAAUGGACCAACGAAAAACAUUCCAAUUUCUUGAGAUUUAUGGAAGCCAGUUUUGUACGGAAUUUGAUGGAGGGAGCCACCACCGCCAACGACACCGCCACCACCACCACCACCGCCGCCGCCACGAACAGUCGUCAAUCUCAUCUUCUUCAUCCUGUUCAUCCAAGGCUUGACCGUUUCAUCCCUGAUAUUUCCGAGUCUACCCUUGAUUCUUCAAAUCGAUCAGCACAUUCUUCGGUUCGAGUGAGCAGGACUUGUAACAGGCAAAAAGGAAGAGCGAUUAUUCGUCCUUAUAAAAUGUCACAUGAUCAGGUGGUCCCACAAGUGGUCCCACAACUAGAGGACAUAUCAGGUGACAAGGGAGUGUAAUGCAAGUCCACCUUACAACUGAUGUUCUACAACCCACCGGAAAACUGCCCCACCCCUUCAAUGAAACGUUGAAAUUGAAACCCAAGCAAAAGCAAAAUGCAAAUGCGACUAAAGUUAGAUUAGUAGUAGUAGUAGUACAUUACAAAAUUUACAACAUUAAGUUCUUGGAUAUUUAUCCUCUAGAUCUUUUUUCCUAACUCAUCAUUUUUUAUUUUUGUGUUUAUCACUUCUGACACGAUGAAUUACUCGUAUUCUUAUAUUUUGUCUUUUCUGUUGUUUAUCGAAGAUUUAUCAAAGAAAAGAGGGAUUUUAUA